UGCCGAAAAGAUGAUUCAUCACACAUUUUAAAGUUAAAAACAAGCUUCUGCUAGAAGUGAGAAACAAAAGUUACAUUAAAUUUAAUAAUAGUUUGACGAAAUGUUAUGUUUAUUCUGAAAAUAGAUAUUUUUGCUUUUAUUUGUGAUCUAUAAUCCGGAGCCAUGUAUUUAAAUAGACUUUUAAGCUAUUCAGUCACUAUUUUAAUAAAUGUUUUCUUUUUACCUUCUGCGUUUUCAGAUUUAUAUCCUCAUGUUACUUGUGGAUCGGUCAUAAAAUUAAUAAACAAUCAACUGAAAGUCCGGCUUCACUCUCAUGAAGUUAAGUACGGCUCUGGCAGUGGUCAACAGUCUGUUACUGCUAUUACUGACACAGAUGAUGUGAAUAGUCAUUGGGUAGUCAAAGGAAAAAGUGGAAAAACAUGUAAACGUGGGGAACCUAUACCAUGUGGAAUGACUAUAAGAUUGGAACACUUACAAACUAAAAAAAAUCUCCACAGUCACCAUUUUCAUUCACCUUUAUCAAGUAACCAAGAAGUUAGCUGUUUUGGAGAAAAUGGUGAAGGAGAUACAGGAGAUCAUUGGGUAGUCACCUGUAGUUCUGAUUUUUGGGAAAGAAACGGAAAUGUACGAUUUAAGCAUGCAGACACAGACAUGUGGAUGGCCGUAUCUGGUAAUACUUAUGGUCGACCCAUUGCAGGCCAAAGAGAAGUUUGUGCUCUUCCUUAUUCCGACAGUAAUUGUUUCUGGAAAACUGCAGAAGGGGUAUUUAUUAAACCCACAGACUUUUCUGUCGGAGCAACUGGACAUAUUCAUACAGAACUGUAAUACUUAUUUUAUUAGAUCAUUUGUAAAAUUGAUUAGGACCUUUUUUUUGUAUGUUUGAAUCACUCUGUGAUAUCGAUAUUUUUUUUGUUUUUAUUAAAAUUAUUUAUAUGAA